AUGAAAUUACUUAUAAACUUAUUCCCUGGUUUUCCCCAAGAAAUCUCAAUUCGACCAUCCGAUUCGGAAACGAACCUUUCGAUCGUUAUCGUCUUUCCAAAUGAUGGAGAUGCUCGCAUUGUGAAAGGAUUACGGGAAAAUACGACAUUCGUCGAACAAUAUCUCGUGAAUCAUGUCUACACGCUAGUUGUGCCACCUUGGUACUCUACAACUACAAUUCUUAUUGAGUCGGCAAAUCUCACCGAUAAAUUGGAUGCCCGAAAUAAAUCAACUCAAGGAGCCCUCGCGAUGGUUCGCAUGGAUGAAGUGGACAAGGGAAAAGUCAACAGAAAGUGGGAAAUCAUCAAAACUUUGGUAUUGGAUGGCAUCGAUGACACCACCGGAACCAUUCGUGGAUUGACAGUGUUUACGAUCGCUCAAUUGUGCACUCUGUUCAACGCCGUACUCAAAAAUGGCAAA